GAAGGGCACAAGGGUAGGGUCCAAUCGGUCGCAUUCUCGCCCGAUGGGAAGCGUGUCGUCUCCGGUUCUUAUGACAAGACAGUCUGUGUUUGGAAUACCGAAAGCGGAGAGGUCGUCUGGGGUCUGCAAGUCGUUGUGGCCCCGUUUGAAGGGCACAACAAUUCGGUCCGUUCAGUCGCAUUCUCGCUUGAUGGCAGGUAUAUUGUCUCUGGCUCUCAGGGUGGCAGGAUUUGUGUUUGGGAUGCUGAGACCAGGGGGAUUGCCGCGGGUCCGUUUAAAGGGCAUGAUGGAACCGUGGAGUCUGUUGCAUUCUCUUCCGACGGGAAGCGCAUUGUCUCCGGCUCCAAUGAUCGCACGAUUAGGAUUUGGAAU